UUGAAGGUAGUAGCAGAUAGAAAUAAAAGAUGAGAUGUUGACACAGCUGACCUCCAAGACCAUUUCCCUCUUUGUCCACGCAGUAGCUGAGAAGAACGAUGAAGGCCAUCCUUCCCCUGUGCUUGCUGGUGGCCACGCUUCACCUUACUGUCCCCAGCCUGACCCAGACUGACCACCACAGCGCCGAGUCCCAAUCAACGGACCUCCAGGAUCAGCAUCCCCACGAGGGAGGUGCUCUUGAGUCCUGCCAACAGAUAGUCCCCAGCAACACAGAUUUCGCCUUCCGGUUUUACAGGCAAGCAACCACCCAAGAACCGGUCAAGAACAUUUUCUUUUCCCCAGUCAGCAUCUCCUCUGCCUUCGCCCUGCUGGCCCUGGGCUCCAGAGCCACCAGUCAGGCUCAGGUGCUGCAAGGGCUGGGCUUUAACCUCACCAACACCCGGGAGGAGGAGAUACACAACGGCUUUCAUCACCUCCUCCUCUUGCUGACCCACCCUGGCAGCCAGGUGCAACUGAGCAUGGGGAACACCCUGUUCAUGGACAAACACCUGAAGCCACUGAAAACAUUCCUGAAGGACAUCAGAAAACUGUACAAAGGAGAAGUUGUUUCUAGUAACUUUCAGAAUUCCACUGAAGCUAAAAAAGAGAUCAAUGAUCACAUAAAGAACAAAACCCAUGGGAAUAUAAACCAAAUACUUAAAGACCUCGAUCAAAACACUCUAAUGGUAAUCAUUAACUACAUUUAUUUCAAAGCUUACUGGGAAAAUCCUUUCAACGUUAAGGGGACUCACAAGGAUUAUUUCCAUGUGAAUGCGAAGACCUCGGUUGAAGUGAAGAUGAUGACUCGAGAUGGAUUUUAUAAAACAUACUCUGACAGGAAGCUGUCUUGUGAGGUGGUGCAGAUUCCUUACAAGGGAGAUGUUGCAGCAUUGUUUAUCCUGCCCAAUGAAGGAAAAAUGAAACAGUUGGAAGAUUCCCUGACAAAAGACACUGUGUCUAAAUGGGAAAAAUCUCUUGAAAGACGGAGGAUAGAAGUUUAUAUUCCAAAACUAUUUAUUUCGGGCACCUAUGACUUAAAGAAGAUGUUCAUGAAUCUGGGUGUAACUGAUGUGUUUUCUGACCGGGCUGAUCUGUCUGGAAUCACAGGAAAGCCUGAUGUGAAGGUUUCAAAUGCUGCUCACAAGGCCCUGCUGAAGAUUCAUGAGAAUGGCACGGAGGCUGCAGCAGUCACUGGCACAGAUUUUCUUCCUCAUUCUGUUCCUCCUGUUGUUAAAUUCAACCGUCCAUUUUUGCUGUUGAUUAUUGAUCAAUAUACUCACAGCAUCUUCUUCAUGGGAAAAAUUGUAAACCCAACUGAAAAGUGA